GCUUAGCAAGCAAAAUUCCAGAGCGAGUGAAAGCGAGUGAAGAAACAAUGAAGCGCUGUUGUUUUCCGAGCGGCAUUAUGUUAGGGGACUGCAGUGCAUGUUUUUCAUCCCAUGUCAAACUGGCUUGCUUUUUUUGUAUGCGUAUGGCUCAGAUUUGCGGCUGCUAGAGAGGUUUUUAAAGGGGACAUCAAUUUUUUGGAUUUUUUUAAAUUUGCGGAUUGCUUUUUUGGUUCGAGAAUUUAUUUUCCCCCUGGGUUCAAAGUGGAAUAUUCCAGGUGGAAUAUUGGCAAAUCUACAGGAGGGAUCUCAAAGACAAGGUUUUUCCAGUAUGAACCGGGCUUUUAACAGGAAAAAAGAUAAAUCCUGGAUGCACACUCCAGAUGCGCUGGCAAAGCAUUACAUACCCUACAAUGCCAAGUUUCUUGGAAACACAGAAGUUGACCAACCGAAAGGCACAGAGAUUGUUAAGGAAGCAGUUAGAAAGUUAAAGUUUCAAAGGCACAUCAAGAAGUCAGAGGGACAGAAGACACAAAAAGUGGAAUUACAAAUCUCCAUUUACGGAGUAAAGAUCUUAGAUCCCAAGACAAAAGAUGUCCAGUACAACUGCCAGUUGCAUAGGAUAUCCUUCUGUGCAGAUGACAAGACGGAUAAAAGGAUAUUCACCUUCAUCUGCAAAGACUCCGAAUCAAACAAACACCUCUGCUACGUGUUUGACAGUGAAAAAUGUGCAGAGGAGGUAACACUCACUAUUGGCCAGGCGUUUGACUUGGCCUACAAGAAGUUCCUCGAGUCUGGUGGGAAAGAUGUGGAGACACGGAAACAGAUAGGAACCUUACAGAAAAGAAUUCAAGAACUGGAAACGGAAAAUUCUGGGCUUAAGAAGCAGCUUUGGGAACUGGAAGAGCAAUUGAUGAUUGCUCCUGUACCACCACAGCUGCACAUAAACUCUACUAACGAGGCCUACAUGCUCUCAAGACCCUCCUCGCUCUUCUGGUGUCACAAUCUGACGUCCUUCUCGUGUCUCGAGAUCUCCUCGGUCACACUCACCCCUAUGAGCUCGCCCGAGUCCAACCUCUCGGCAGGCCUACUAACCCCUCCUCCGGCUAAGUCUGCUCUCCUCCCAAAGCCUGCCGACGGGUGCAGCAUCCCGCGGCCUCGCGCUGGCAGCAUCUCCUUGAACCCCCCGAUGUCCACAGACGUUUUUGACAUGGUUCCCUUCUCUGCUGUCACACCCCUGGUGCCAAUUCCCGCAAGCAACGGCACACCCCCUCCCCCCACUACAACAUCUCCUCCAGACACGAGUAAAGACCUUUUUGGAGCGGAACCAUUUGAUCCAUUCACCUGUGGGCAAGCAGACUUCCCCCCAGAUAUCCAGUCCAGGCUGGACGAGAUGCAGCGUCAGAGAUGGUUUGUACCGUUACACUACAUUGACCCUUCUUGUAGUUGUCAUGACUGUGUCCUCGUGAAUGGAUUUGCAUGUAUUCAGUUUGACUCUGUUGUAACUAGUCUGCAUACAGUCCAUCAGUAAAACCAAGCAUUUUGAAAUGUCAUUGAGUUGAUGUUACAUUUUCUAGUAAACAAUGUGAUUUAGAAAAAAAUAUAAUUAUUAACCUUGUUGGUUAAGGAAGCUUCACUUUUCUCAGUCAGUCUCUUUGAUUUGAUCAUUCACUGCAACAAUAAUGGAAAAUUAAUUGAAUAAAUAACUAAGGCUGUCAAAGGAUAGAAAAAUGUAAUCACAGGAUUUGUUGUGAUUAAUUGCAAAUUCAGAAUUUGCUUAAACUGAGCUGUAGAUUUAUUUUUAAUACAAAACCUAUUAUAAGAAUAUUGACGUCUUAAUUUGGUCUAAAAAAAUCUGGUAAAUUGAUUAAGCACACUUUCUUUAACCUCAAUGUCAACUAGUUUUGACAUCACAUUGUUGUUUUUAGCUGUAUAGAUGUAUUUUGAAUGUUUUCAGGGAAUUUUUGAACGCUUUCAGACAAAAUAAAUAGGGUUAUUACCCUAAAUGUACGUUAGUUGACUGAUUUCCUCUGAUAGCCCUAUGAAUAACACAUCUGAUCUAAUGUUGUGUGUUCCUGGCUGUCAACAGUAUUAUCUUUGUUUUGUUACUGAAAAUGUGUUAUUGCUCGUAAAGCUACUUCAUCAUAUUUGUAUUACUUGUUGUUUCUGGAACAGUCUAUCGUCACAUGGUGUCAGAUGUAUUAAAAGUCCUGUAGUUAUUAUUUGUUACAUCCAUAGGUCCGACACAGAUGCUGAUGUGGUUUAUGGUGUAGACUGUAUAUGAGGGUUUAACACUUCUUUGAAGGGAUUUGGGUCAAAGCUUCCUCAGAUCUUGUUAUUUCUCUGAGAAGUGCUUAGGCAAUCUAGAUUUCAUAUCCCCUAACCAUUACUUUGUGGACUUGGAUGCCUGCUAUUUUGGACCAAGCAAUAAUAAGAACUUGGGGCCAGUAUGAAUAUAUUUUACGGUGUUUUGGUUACAGCUCACCAAGGCUGUGUCUACACUUAGCACUUACAUGCGAUUUCUGCUAUCAGAAUACAAAGAUCGCAUUGAAAAGACUGGAUGCAUUGUGUGCUGAAUUCUCCUCAGUCCUGACGCAAUCAGGCUAUCGAAAGAGUAUACAGUGGGCGAGAUCAUCAGCACUCUGCCCACAAGUAUCAAAUUACAUCAAAUCACAUGCGCCGAAUACAACAAUGUAGACCUUAACCAACAGUGCAGUUCACCAAGUAUCCAGAAAACUUGUGUUUUGGGACCGAAAGGCACCAUUUGUCAUUAAACAUGGGAGGAAAUACGUUCCUAGGAACGUGUUUGCUGACUUCAUGAAUCCUAUAUUAGCAUAUUUUGAAAAAUAGUCAUGUUAACCUGUUUGCAAUCUCUUUGGCUUUGCUAGCUAGCUUGCUGACUAGUUACAGAGGUUAGCUACAGUAGUUGGCUACUGCCAUCAAGUUGUUGUUGUGCUAUUAUCAGAUGCAGCCUGUUCUACCGUUUGCAGAAUGCAUACUGGCAUUUGAAUAUACAGCGGGAAGAGGACACCGUGGACACAAUGUGGACACCGUGGACACAAUGUGGACACCGUGGACACAAUGUGGACACCGUGGACACAAUGUGGACACCGUGGACACAAUGUGGACACCGUGGACACAAUGUGGACACAGUGGACACAAUGUGGACACAAUGUGGACACAUUUAACAUGUAGCUGUAGUAGACUCAUUACGUGCUUGGAACUGUCAAGUCUAGACACAGCUCAAAACUCAGCAAUGUCUCUCUAAGGUUGUGGACAUGGAGGAAGUGUAGUAUUGAUUAUACCGACCACCUUCCUUUGACGUCUUUCUUCCUACAGAGACGUUUCAGAUGGGAUUCGUGUAUUUUUCUAACAGCCGUUCUCCCCCU